UGUUCUAUUUCAAAAUGGCGACGAAUCCGGUUCGGCACGACAUCUGUCGACUAUACUCCAUUGCAGUUAGUGGCUAGACAUCGAACGUAAUGGCAGGUUCCAUAGAGAUUCCACUUCGUGAUACGGAUGAAGUAAUUGAGCUAUACUUGGAUCAAUUACCAGAAGGAGAUGAGGUUCUUGGUAUUUUACGUCAAGAACAUGCACAACUUAAUAUUUGGGUCAAUUUGGCUCUUGAAUAUUACAAACAACAUAAAAUCGAAGAUUUCAUUAAAAUACUUGAGUCUUCUCGGACUGAUGCUAAUAUUGAUUACCGUGACUAUGAAAAAGAUCAAAUGCGUGGGUUGGAUAUGUUGGCUGCAUAUUAUGUGCAAGAAGCCAAUAGAGAAAAAAAUAAGGACAAGAAGAGAGAUCUAUUUACAAAAGCUACCCUAUUAUAUACAACUGCAGAUAAGAUUAUUAUGUAUGACCAGAAUCAUUUACUUGGCAGAGCUUAUUUCUGCCUCCUGGAGGGAGAUAAAAUGGAUCAGGCUGAUGCCCAAUUUAAUUUUGUACUAAAUCAAUCUCCAAAUAAUAUUCCUUCCCUACUGGGAAAAGCAUGCAUAGCGUUUAACAAAAAAGAUUAUAGAGGUGCACUUGCCUUUUAUAAGAAGGCAUUGAGAACAAAUCCAAAUUGUCCAGCUGCUGUAAGGUUGGGAAUGGGGCAUUGUUUUAUGAAAUUAAAUAACCAGGAAAAAGCACGUUUAGCGUUUGAAAGAGCUUUACAGUUAGAUGGCCAAUGUGUUGGAGCAUUAGUUGGACUUUCAGUACUGAAAUUAAAUCAACAACAGCCUGAUAGUAUUAGAACUGGUGUUCAAAUGUUAUCUAAAGCUUAUACCAUUGAUUCGACUAAUCCCAUGGUGUUGAAUCAUUUGGCAAAUCAUUUUUUCUUUAAAAAGGAUUAUAACAAAGUACAGCACUUAGCCCUCCAUGCAUUUCAUAAUACAGAGAACGAGGCUAUGCGUGCAGAGAGUUGCUAUCAAUUAGCCAGAGCAUUUCAUGUUCAGGGUGACUAUGACCAAGCGUUUCAAUAUUACUAUCAGGCAACACAAUUUGCACCUCCAGUUUUUGUAUUACCACACUUUGGCUUAGGUCAAAUGUAUGUUUAUCGUGGUGAUGCAGAAAAUGCAGCACAAUGUUUUGAAAAAGUGUUGAAAGCUCAGCCAGGUAAUUAUGAAACAAUGAAAAUUCUUGGAUCUCUGUACGCAAAUUCAAGUUCUCAAUCGAAACGCGAUAUUGCAAAAAACCAUCUUCGUAAAGUAACUGAACAAUUUCCGGAUGAUGUUGAAGCAUGGAUUGAAUUGGCUCAAAUAUUGGAGCAAAGUGACCUUAAUGCAGCCUUAAAUGCAUAUGGUACAGCAACUAGAAUUUUAAAAGAAAAAGUCCAGGCAGAUAUACCACCAGAAAUUCUAAAUAAUGUUGGUGCUCUACAUUAUAGACUUGGAAACUUAGAAGAAGCUAGGAAAAAUUUGGAGGAAUCUUUAGCGCGUUCUAAAGCUGAUGCCUUACACGAUUCUGUAUACUAUAACUCAAUUGCAGUUACAACAACAUAUAAUUUAGCUCGUUUGAACGAAGCUUUAUGUAUAUUUGAUAAAGCAGAAAAAUUAUACAAAGCCAUUUUAAAGAAACAUCCAAACUAUGUAGAUUGUUAUUUACGACUUGGCUGUAUGGCUCGAGAUAAAGGACAAAUUUAUGAAGCGUCUGAUUGGUUUAAGGAUGCUUUAAGCAUAAAUAACGAGCACCCAGAUGCAUGGUCUCUUUUGGGUAACUUACAUUUGGUUAAAAUGCAAUGGGGUCCUGGCCAGAAGAAAUUCGAAAGAAUUUUAAAAAAUCCAGCAACAAGUACCGAUGCCUAUUCUUUGAUUGCUUUGGGUAACAUUUGGUUGCAAACAUUGCAUCAAAGUGGAAAAGAUAAAGAUCGAGAGAAGCGACAUCAAGACAGAGCAUUGGCUAUGUACAAACAGGUUUUGCGAAACGAUCCUAAAAAUAUUUGGGCUGCAAAUGGAAUAGGAGCUGUACUAGCGCAUAAAGGUUGUGUAAAUGAAGCUAGAGAUAUUUUUGCUCAAGUUCGAGAAGCAACAGCAGAAUUUUGCGAUGUAUGGUUAAAUAUUGCGCACAUUUAUGUAGAGCAAAAACAAUUCGUUAGCGCUAUUCAAAUGUAUGAAAACUGCCUUCGGAAGUUCUAUAAAUAUCAUCAUGUCGAAGUUUUGCAAUAUCUUGGAAGAGCUUACUUUAAAGCUGGUAAAUUGAAAGAAGCAAAAUUGACAUUAUUAAAGGCAAGAAGAGUAGCUCCACAGGACACCGUUUUGUUAUACAAUAUUGCACUUGUGCUUCAACGUCUAGCGACACAAAUUUUGAAGGAUGAGAAAUCCACCUUAACAACAGUACUCCAGGCAGUUCAUGAAUUGGGACUCUCACAUAAAUAUUUCCAAUAUCUAUCAACGCAUGGAGAUAAAAUGGGGCAACUUGCAGAGGCAGAAACAAGAAGGUGUCAAGAUCUUUUAUCGCAAGCCCAAUAUCAUGUUGCCAGAGCUAGACGAUUGGACGAGGAAGAAAAAAUGCUUAGGAGAAAACAAGAAGAAGAAAGACAAGCAUUUAAAAUGCGACAAACAGAAGAACAACGGAAACUUGAAGAGAUGCGACGACAAAAAGAAGAAGAAAUGUUACAGAAACGUCAAGAGUACGUUGAAAAGACAAAGAACGCUUUAGUAUUCGGCGAAAUGCCUUCAGAAAAACCUGGAAGGAAAGGAAGAAAAGCACGCACUGAUCAAUACGUUAGUGACAGCGGUGGUUCUGGGAGAGAGGAAGGUCGGGAGGAAGCUCCUAGAGAAAGGAAACGCAAAAGAAAAGCAAGUGGUGAACGUAAAGAAAAAAGGGCUAAGGGUAGAGCAAAGCGCAAGAAAGAAAUGGGAAGUGGAGAAAGUGGUUCAGAAAGUGAUCGACUCAAGCCGAAACGUGGAAGAAAAGGGAUUAUUAAGAAAGACAGAGCAUUUCGGAAAAGUACAGCUGAGACUGCAAAAGGAAAGAUGCCUUUAUCGAAAGAAACUAUAUCGACUAGCGAAUCUGAUAGCGAUUCAGGAGGUCUUAAAAUCGCCAGCGGAGGUGAAAGCGGUAAUGAAGGUCGCGGACGCGGAAAUAGACGAAUUAUGUCUGACUCAGAAGGAUCCCGUGCAUCGAGAUCUAGGUCUCGUUCCAGAUCGAAACUUAGAAGCCGUUCUAGAAGUAGUUCACGAUCGCGAUCACGAUCGCGAUCACGAUUGCGAUUGCGAUCACGAUCACGAUCACAAUUGCGAUCACGAUCACGAUCAAGAUUUCAAUCUCGAUCCGUAUCUCGUUCACGGUCUAGAUCUCGUUCAGGUUCUAAGUCGAGAAGUCAAUCGCGGUCGAAAAGUCCGUCGAGAUCAAGAUCCGUUUCAGCGAAAAGUGGUUCACGCUCGAGAUCAAGAUCAGGGUCGCGGAAGAGUCAGUCGCGAUCAAGAUCGCGUAGUGGUUCGAGGAAAAGUGGAUCGCAGCCAAGAUCAAGGUCGGGUUCUGCAGUUAGUGCACGAUCAAGAUCGGGUUCUGCAGCUAGCGCACGAUCGAGAUCAGGCUCUGCACGUUCGAGAUCGGGAUCUGCAGCUAGUGCACGAUCGAGAUCAAGGUCUCCUAGUGGUUCCAGAAAAGCAGCUUCGCGAUCAAGGUCAAGAUCAGGAUCAAGGAGUGGAUCACAGUCGGAGGGACGUAUAUCAAGAAGCAGAAGCCGAUCAAAAUCUAAAUCUGUGUCAAGAUCUAGAUCACGUUCCGGCUCACGGUCAAAGAGUGGCUCUCGAAGUCGCAGCCCUAGUGGAUCGGCAAGAUCUGCUACUCCAGAGUCGAGAAAAUCAGUUUCGGGCAGUGAUGUUGGUUCCCGCCAUUCGAGUACAGAUCGAGGAGGUGGCAGCGAAAGCGAAUAAACUCGAUACGCAUAUAAUAACAUCACUAGCGCGCAGAAAAUCCAAUCUUGGAUUGUAUACUUUUUCUAAGAGCCAAAUUUAUAUAAAUGAAAUAUAUAUUACUUUCGCGAUAUAUUUCUUAACACACGUUUGAAAGAACCGUUCGAAUCGAAACAGCAUUGUUACGCUAAGAUGGAGCGCGGCAACUGGCAAUCGUUCGAGCUUACGAGUAACUUCGAUUUAUCGUUUAUCGAAGCAGUUUGAAGAUAACUAAACGAUCUCUAGAUGGAGCGACUUCAGUGUUUCGGACGUAAUACUUCGGACAAUUGAAUAUUUGUUUUAUGUUUGCGGGUUAUUAAAACAGCCCAUAGUUUGAAUCGAAACCGUGUAUUUAUGUUCUUCACAUUGUAUUUAAAACGAAGUAUUACUUUACGAUGCAAGGUAAUUUUAUGUAAAAUUAUUACGAUUUCGUAUUUCAUCUAGUUCAAUGUAUAAACCGUUUUGCUUUCUGAUUAGUUAUCUGUCGAUACUUUUUAUGAUAAACAAUUAGAUUUAAUUGUUAUUGUACACACAUUGUUUAACAUACAAGAAGAUAUGUUAAGAUUGUAUUAAUAACCAAUGUAUUGUUUUAUAUUAAAAAUUACAAAAAAAAGAUUA